AUGGCGCCAAACGUAGAGGCGUCGCUGUCUGUGCUGAAGCGCGCGCUUCAAGAGUCUCUUCGCAAGGCCGAGGCUGCGUUGGAUGCCGAGGAGGAGACGACAGAGGCACGCAUGCAGGUCGGCAAGGAGCUGGAUGAGGAAACGUCCUCGACACUCGAAGCAGAGGUGACCCGCAUGCAUUCUGCGCCGAAAAUCCAGGCGUUCUUUCAUAUUCCUUGGCUUCCCUGGUGCAGCAGCUGCACAACCCCACAAGAGGUGGCUGAGGUGGAGGUCCAGGCCGCUACAUCCGUCUCGAGGGUCGGCGAGGGCGGCGCGAAGCUCGACGAGCGGCUUGCAAUGUAG